AUGGCCAGCACAAUUGCCAGCGGGUUGAACAAGGCCCAGGAAGCACUUCAGUCUGUAUCCUCCAAGGAUAAAAAUAAAGUGGAUCUCUCUCGUGACAUCGUGGAUGUUCAUAAUAGCCAGCAGCCACAGACGACGGAUCAUGGUGUUCGCAUUGAAAAUCCGGACAACUGGCUAAAGGUCGCAACCGACCGUCAGACAGGGCCAUCUCUUCUUGAGGACCAGAUUGCUAGAGAAAAGAUCCACCGUUUUGAUCAUGAGCGAAUCCCCGAGCGAGUUGUUCAUGCUCGUGGAACAGGUGCCUUCGGCAAUUUCACUCUCUACGAGAGCGCCGAGGACGUCAGUCAUGCUGGUAUUUUGACUGACACUUCUCGCAAUACCCCUGUCUUCGUUCGCUUUUCAACAGUGCAAGGUAGCAGGGGUAGCGCCGAUACAGUGAGAGACGUCAGAGGUUUCGCCGUCAAAUUUUAUACAGACGAGGGAAACUGGGAUAUUGUCGGAAAUAACAUUCCUGUGUUUUUCAUUCAGGAUUCGAUCAAGUUCCCCGACUUUGUGCAUGCCGUCAAACCUGAACCUCAUAAUGAAGUUCCGCAGGCUCAAACUGCACACAACAACUUCUGGGACUUUGUCUAUCUUCACCCUGAAGCAACCCACAUGUUUAUGUGGGCCAUGUCCGAUCGAGCGAUCCCCCGUUCAUAUCGUAUGAUGCAAGGCUUUGGCGUGAACACUUACAGCUUAAUUAACAAGGAGGGUGAACGUCAUUUUGUGAAGUUCCACUUUAUCCCUAAGCUCGGCGUCCACUCUUUCGUGUGGGAUGAGGCUCUGAAGCUUGCUGGUCAAGACCCUGAUUUCCAUCGCAAGGAUUUGAUGGAAGCUAUUAAUAACGGCGCGUAUCCCCAGUGGGACUUCGCCAUACAAACCAUUCCCGAGGAAAGGGAACACGACUUCGAAUUUGAUGUUCUAGAUGCAACUAAGGUUUGGCCAGAGGAACUAGUUCCUCUUCGCCGUAUUGGAAAACUCGAGUUGAACAGAAAUGUGGACGAGUUCUUCCCACAAACCGAACAAGUGGCAUUCUGUACUAGCCACAUCGUCCCUGGCAUCGAUUUCUCUAAUGAUCCUCUGCUCCAAGGUCGCAACUUCUCCUACUUUGAUACUCAAAUCAGUCGAUUGGGAAUCAACUGGCAAGAACUGCCUAUCAACCGGCCUGUCUGCCCAAUGAUGAACUUCAACAAGGAUGGCGCGAUGCAUCAUAGAAUCGACAAAGGCACCGUCAACUACUGGCCAAACAGAUUUGAUGCUCUUCCUCCCGCUAAGAAGGAAGAAGGAGGGUUCAUAUCGUACCCAGAGAACGUGGCCGGCAUCAAAAAGCGUGCGCUCAGCGAGAAAUUCCGCGACCAUCACAGUCAAGCGCAGAUGUUCUAUAACUCAAUGUCCGAACACGAAAAGGCACACAUCUUGAAGGCUUUCACAUUCGAGCUCGACCACUGUGAUGACCCAAUCGUAUACGAGCGUAUGGCGGGCACUCGACUCGCCGAAAUUGAUCUGAAACUUGCUCAGCAAGUCGCAGAGCUAGUCGGAGCCCCCAUCCCUCAGAAGCAGCUCAUGCCAAAUCCUGGGCACCGCGCAAAGGGUCUGUCACAGACUGAGUUUCCGCCCGAGAAGCCUACUAUUGAGAGCCGUCGCAUCGCUAUCAUGAUAAGUGACGGCUACGAUCGUGUUGCCUUCGAAGGUAUGAUGAUGGCGAUCAAGGCAGCGGGAGCACUGCCCUUCGUGAUCGGAACCAAGCGAUCUCCAAUAUAUGCUGAUGGGCAGUCCCCUAGAAACUCGGAUGGAGUUGUUGCAGAUCAUAUGUACGAUGGAAUGCGCUCAACUAUGUUUGAUGCUACAUUUGUCCCAGGUGGAUCCCAUAUUUCGACCUUGUCGAAGAAUGGCCAAAUUCGGUUCUGGAUCGUGGAGAGCUUUGGGCAUCUCAAGGCUCUCGGAGCUACCGGCGAAGCUGUCGACUUCUUUAAGCAGGUGCUGGGCAAGUCGAUAGAUGUCCAGCUUGCGUCCUCCGAUUCAACCGACCCUGUCGAAUGGUACGGGGUCGUCACCGCUGGCAAGACACAUCCAGAUAGUUUCAAAGAGAGCUUCCAGAUUGCAAAGGCGGCCAAGGACUUUGUGGGACAAUUCUUCUACCAAACUUCUCUGCACCGGAACUACCAGCGUGAACUGGAUGGUCUCAGCGCGGCGUUGGAGUGGUAA